AUGUCUUUAUCCACACUUCAUGUCACCCCCAGCGUCGCGCGCAUUGAGUUCGGGCACCUAUUGAACCGUGCCGCCAUCAAAUGCGUCGAGGUCCUCACCGAAGAUUUGGCGGCUCUCGGCGAGCUUGUUCGCGAAGUUCAAAAUGAAUCAGUGGCAUUUGCUCACACAUCCUCUCAGGUCAUUGUUGCUCUUGCAACACUUCAAUCCUCUGUCCAAGACCUCUCGCGCGCAUACAUCCAACAUGCCAACACCGUCCUCACACCUGGCAAACAUGGCCUUAACCCUAUUGACGCCAACCUAACCAGUAUCCUUACCGAGUCUGGUCUCUUGAGCGCUAGACCAGCCGAUGCUGCCCCAGCUGCUGCACCAGAACCAGAUGUCGAUGGGAAGAAGAAGCGCAAGAGGACACCGCAUGAUCCUAACGCACCGAAGCGUGCCCUCACGCCGUAUUUCCUCUACAUGCAAAGUGCUCGUGCCACUAUUGCCAAGGAAUUGGGCGACUCAGCGAAGCCGAAAGAGGUUGCCGAUGAGGGAACUCGCAGAUGGACUGAGAUGAGUCCUGCUGAGAAGAGCAUUUGGGACGACAAGUACCAGAAGAACUUGGCCGCGUACCGCGUCAAGAUGGCAGCUUACAAAGCCGGUCAGCCAGUUCCUGACGAUGAGACUGCAGCGCGCCUGGUGGAAAUGGGUAAAGCUCCUGAGCACGUUGCCGGUCUCGAUGCUGAGGCAGAGACGGAAGAAGAGCCCGUCGAGGAAGAAGAAGAGGAAGAGGCGCCGGCCCCAGAACCCACACCUCCCAAAUCCAAGAGACGCAAGACCAAAGAUGUCGAGCCUACUCCCAGCAAAGCAACUCCUAAGGCCGAGGCCAAAUCUCCAGAGAAGGACAGGAAGUCUAAGAAGAGCAGGAGGGAAGCUGCUCCUGCUGCUUCAACCAAGGUCGAGAAGUCCAAAAAUGCAGAAAUUGGUGAUGAGCGCCAUGCAAAGGGCCGAGUAACUAGUCUGUUCAACGAUGUCAAUGUUAAAAAUGUUUUUGUUCUGUCUCUAUCAAGUCCUUUUCCUCAACUACCACAACUACUAAUGACGCACCAGCACCAAAACAAAGUUCCUGUCUUGAUCUCUUCUCCGCAUCUAAGUGUAGACCCCACGCACUGGUGGUUACAAAGCUUGCCACCAUCGAGACUGGCCACUCCGGUGAUUUCUUCAAAAGAACCACUCGAAAGCCUCCUAGGGCAUGAACUGGGGUGGUUCCAUUGCUUAUCCAGACCUGUUCUCAUACCACUCCGAAGCUUCCUUUGCCCCGCAAUAGCCCCCUCGACCAUGAUAGCUCGUUGCAAAAGAGGUACGUAUGUUCCGAGGGCCAGUUUUUGUUCACCUAGAAGACCUUUGUUGACUGACUUCUUCGACACCUGGAAACAGCUAGAUAAGCUCGUGAUAUCCCAGCUUGGCUUCCUGGCCCAACGGAGACUCGCUAGAGGUGUCAGGCUGAAUCAUUCAGAGGCUUGCGCUUUGAUCGCCAGCAACUUGCAAGAGCUCAUUCGCGAUGGAAACCACACGGUCGCCGACCUAAUGUCCAUUGGGAAGACCAUCCUCGGUCGACGACAUGUGCUUCCCUCUGUUCUGUCCACCUUGACCGAAUUGCAGGUCGAGGGGACCUUCAAGACCGGCACGUACCUGGUCACGGUCCACCAUCCAAUCAGUUCCGACGAUGGAGACCUUGAAAAGGCGCUGUACGGAAGCUUCCUUCCCGUGCCGUCCAAGGACGCAUUCCCCCUGCCAGACGAGAGUGAGUAUGACAAUACGAAAAUGCCGGGUGCAGUCGUUCCGGUCAAAGAAGGCAAAAUUACGUUGAACGAGGGUCGGAAGAGGAUUCAGCUGAAGGUCGUGAGCAAGGGGGACAGGCCAAUACAGAUUGGGUCCCAUUACCACUUUAUCGAAACGAAUCCGCAACUCGAGUUUGACAGAGGCAGAGCAUAUGGCUUCCGUCUAGACAUCCCGGCAGGUACUUCGGUCCGUUUUGAGCCCGGAGACACAAAGACAGUCACUCUGGUCGAGAUCGCAGGCAACAAGGUGAUACACGGUGGAAACAACCUCGCUUCGGGUCCUGUCGAUGUAUCUCGCGCCGACGAAAUCGUGCAGAAACUACAGCAAGCUGGGUUCGCCCACGUGCCUGAACCGGCCGGUGACCUGGCGCAUAUCGAUGUCGCAUCCAUGACCCGCGCAGCCUAUGCGGGCAUGUUCGGUCCCACGACUGGUGAUCGCGUCCGGCUGGGAAUGACCGACCUGUGGAUCAAGGUCGAAAAGGACUUGACGGUCUACGGCGAGGAGUGCAAGUUUGGUGGCGGCAAAACUCUUCGAGAAGGCAUGGGACAAGCAUCAGACCGGAAAGAUGCCGAUGUGCUUGACACGGUCGUCACCAAUGCGCUGAUUGUCGACUGGUCCGGCAUCUACAAGGCCGACGUGGGUAUCAAGGACGGCAUCAUCGUGGGCAUUGGCAAAGCGGGCAAUCCGGACGUCAUGGACGGUGUCCAUCCCAACAUGAUCGUCGGCAACGGUACCGAUGUCAUUGCAGGAGAGCAUAGCAUCCUCACCGCAGGAGGUAUCGACUCGCAUAUCCACCUGAUUUGUCCCCAACAAGCCUACGAAUCUGUCGCGGCCGGCAUCACCACUUAUCUCGGAGGUGGCACCGGUCCUAGUACAGGGACCAACGCGACAACUUGCACGCCUGGGAAAUGGCACAUGAAACAGAUGCUCCAAGCGAUCGACUCGAUCCCCAUCAAUUACGGCAUCACGGGUAAAGGAAAUGACAGCUCGCCGGUCGCUCUUCGCGAGCAGUGCGAGGCUGGGGCGUGCGGCCUCAAACUACACGAAGACUGGGGCACGACGCCCGCGGCGAUCGACACGUGCCUGUCUGUGUGCGAUGAAUACGACAUCCAAUGCCUCAUCCACACCGACACGCUCAACGAGUCUGGCUUUGUGGAGUCCUCGGUGGCCGCCUUCAAGGGCCGCACCAUCCACACCUACCACACCGAGGGCGCCGGCGGCGGGCACGCGCCCGACAUCAUCUCUGUGGUCGAACACGCCAAUGUGCUCCCCUCAUCGACGAACCCCACGAGACCGUUCACGAGGAACACGCUGGACGAGCACGUCGACAUGCUGAUGGUGUGUCACCACCUCUCCAAGAACAUCCCGGAGGACAUUGCGUUCGCCGAGUCGCGGAUCCGCGCCGAGACCAUCGCGGCCGAAGACGUGCUCCACGACCUCGGCGCCAUCUCGAUGAUGUCCUCGGACUCGCAGGCCAUGGGGCGUUGCGGCGAAGUCAUUCUCCGCACGUGGAACACGGCGCACAAGAACAAACAGCAGCGCGGAACCCUAAAGGAAGACGAAGGCACCGACGCCGACAACUUCCGCGUCAAGCGGUACCUGAGCAAGUAUACGAUCAACCCGGCUAUUGCGCAGGGGAUGAGUCACUUGGUGGGCAGCGUCGAGGUGGGCAAGGUGGCCGACCUAGUGUUGUGGAAGCCGAGCAUGUUUGGGACGAAGCCGAGCUUGGUGGUCAAGGGCGGGAUGAUCAGCUCUGCGCAAAUGGGCGACCCCAACGCCUCCAUCCCGACGGUGCAGCCCGUGAUCAUGCGGCCCAUGUUCGCGGCGCACGUCCCCUCGCGGAGCAUCACGUUCGUGUCGCAGCACUCCGUGACCUCCGGGGUCGUGGCGUCGUACAACCUCUCCAAGCGCGUCGAGCCGGUCAAGAACUGCCGCACCGUGGGGAAGAAGGACAUGAAGUUCAACGACGCCAUGCCUCGCAUGAAGGUCGACGCGGAGUCCUACAGGGUCGAGGCCGACGGGGUUCAUUGUACCGCCGCGCCGGCUGAGGUGGUUCCUCUGGGCCAGACGUACUUUGUUUAUUGA